AUGCGAGAACAAUCCGUGAUGCCUAGGCAAUGGGAACAACUAGCUAGGCACAUGGAAUCACCAGACUUGAUUGAACAUGGCAGCUCUGGCUCUGAAGACACUGUCACUUGUGAACAGAAUGCAGAAAACAAGGCUAUCUUGAAUCCAAGUCGCCAAAACUCAGUCAUUGUCUGUAACCCUGCCAGUUAUGGGAAUGCAGAAAAGCAAAAUGCUGAAUCUCAUAGUGAACCUGAGGUUCAUGAUCCUGGUGGUGGUGGCAUCUCUGAUGCAAGGAAAGACUGUGAUGAUCAACAAACCGUUGAUCUGUCAUCAGACAUUGCAUGUGAUGAUCAGGAAGACAAUGUUUUAUCAUCAGAUGUUGCUUGUGAUGUUCAAGAAGACAUUGUUUUGUCAUCAGACUCUGUUCCUACUUCUCAAGGCGACUGUCCAGAGAGCAUUGGAUUACCAACAACUUCUUCACUGGAAAUGGAUGAAAAUACUAUAGAAAACCUAGGUUGUAUUGUCAUGAGGUUGAUGAGCAAAGAGUUGGACACAUACAACUGGCCAUUUCUGGAGCGAGUUGACUCAAAGCUGGAAAAUCUAUGGGAUUAUGAUGAGGUCAUCACCCAACCCAUGUGGCUUCGAAAAAUCAAGGAGAAGUUGGACAAACAGGAAUAUGAGACCCUGGCUGACAUUAUAAAGGAUCUUCGACUCAUGUUUGAAAACUGCUAUCGAUAUAAUGGAUCUGGACACUCAGUCUCUAAGAAAGCAUUACGCCUGGAAGAGGAAAUGGAAAAGUUUAUUUCCGUCCUCCCAGAAGAGAUGCAGAAGAAAGUGAGUCUGGAGGCUACAUCAGGCCUUCCUUUAGAUGAUGUCUCCAGCCAUCUGAAGCGAAGAGAAACACGUGGCAAUAAGGGAUACUUCUCAUAUGUGUUGUAUCGGGUGAGGCAUGCACGCCCUGAACGCAUCCGAGAACUAAAAGAGCAGUUGAAGGAGCAAAAGAGGUUAGAGAGGGAAGAGAAGGAAUCAGUCAUCAUGGACUGGGAGAAGAAUGUUCUCCUUUCUGGGUCCCAAGGGACCCAACUGAGGACUAUGUGGGAGGCUUUUGAAGUGCUGGGUGUAGAGCCCAAAUUCUGGGAAAUACUCGGCCAGACUAGUCCAUUUGUUGAGACAGCAUUCCACAACUUGACCUAUCAGCAACGAGUAUGGAUUGUCAAGUCCCUUUGUGAUUGGAUCCUGCAAAAUCACAAGACAGUGGGAAAUGCAGUGAGGGAAAUUGAAUCCCCCAGACCCAAGGUCCUUGGCUUCGAUCGAGAUGGCUAUUCAUAUCUUUACUUCCCAGAAUUUUCUAUCUGGAGUGUGCGUGCCUACAAGAUGGGACCUGUGUUGUAUGUUCCCAGUGAAGAUGAAGGAGUUUGGUCCCCAAAACGACCAAGAAAGCGGAGGUGCCAUGCAAGUGAGGAUGAUGACUGGGAAGCAAAUGUUGGGAUCAAACGAAGAAAAACUGGUGCUGCAUCUCAAACUCAAGGAGAGCGUCGACUACGGCAGGAUGCACGAAUCAAAUCGAAAGGGAAGCCAAACUAUUCAGAACCUGCAUCAGAUGAGGAGCUUGAUGGAGCAAUAGAAGAGGAUGAAGGACAAGGAAGUGUUCACGGUGAUGAGGAUGACGAAGUAGGAGAAGGAGAAGACCCAGGGAAUGAAGAAAAUUGGUCAAGACGAACUCGGUCAGGAAGGGGAAGAAGAAGAGGGAGGGCAUGCUUUCCAAAUAAAAGAGGUUUGAGGAGGCAGUCAGCAGGGAAAGGCACUCCAAUUGCAAAUCAUCAGGAGGAGCCUUCUCCGAGAAAACGGAGGUCUGAAGCCAGAAACAGCAGGGCAACAAAUGAGGAUAAGAAUGCAAGUGUCAGCAUGUGUGAAACCCCCAGGGGUAGAGGAGGGAAGAGAGGGCGAGGAAGAGGGCAAAGAGGAGGCAGAAGAAGGUCAAGGAAACCUCUUCCACCCUUGCUCAAAGAGGAAGGAGAAACUGAUGAGACUGUGAUAAAAGAGGAAAAGCCAGCAGAUGAUCUCAUAGAUGCAAGUGAGAAAGGGGUAAUGGAAGUAAAAGAAAAUGGGGCACUGGUUUUAGAAGGUGAACCUACAAGUAGUGAUUUUGCAAAAGAGGCAAAGGAAAUGAAAAUAAUUCCAAAUGAAUCUGAGGUACAAGUGGAAGCUAUUCAAGAGGGGAAGAAGGAAGAGCAUGAGGUGUCUGAUUCCCUUGUUGGAAUUGUGAAAAAGGAUGAAGUAGUGAAUCUAAAUGGUGAUGAUGCAAUCAAGCAAGAAGGAGGUAGUUGUGCAGGUGAGGAGCUCAGACAAGAGGAGAAAGUAAAUGGGAAUGAAGACGACAUUAAGAGUGGCUUUGCCAUGAUAGUAGACAGUGUAGAAUCCCUCCGUUCUCUCAUUGAAUCACUGAAGGCCCAGCAGCCCAUCCCAAAGGGCACAACUUUGCCACUUGGUGUGGGAAGGACUUGUGAGCUUCAAUUGAUCAAGAAUCUUGAGAAAUGGCUUGAGAAUGUGGAGCCCUGGGAAGCAAAGAUCCUUUCGACAAAACGCAAGAUUCUUCAGCGCCUGUUCAAAGAGAAUGAGAUGUGGUUGAGCAGGGACCCUAGUGCACCAGAACCAGGUGCUGAUGAAUGGGAUUCUGGCCAAGAAGAAGAUAUCCCCCCAACACAGGAAACUGAGUCUGUCAUUUCAGAAGACAAAGGGAAAGGUGUGGAUGAGGAGAGUCAAGAUUCUAGUCCCAGUAGUGACCCUUCUGAAAUUGACCGAGCAUCUACUCCAGAUGGAAUGAUGAGAACAAGAAGAUACCAGGCAAAAAGGAAGGCAAAGAAGAAGAAGAAGGUGGUGGAUCUGGAAAACAGUGACAGUGAUGAAGAUUCAUCUUUGAAAUUGUCCCAGAUGACCACAAGCUCCAGGGGUCGAGUGCGGAAGCCAAAAAAGUAUUCGGAUGAUGACUGGCAAUAUCCAGAUGAUCAUCAGGCUGCCUCUGCAAAGCAUUCAUUCUCUUCAGGCUCCAGUCGAUCCACUCCAAGGAGUCUUCAGUACAGCAAGAUUCUGACACCUGAACAACAUAUCCGCUCGCUUAGAGAGAAGGUGGAGGCAGUGAAGGCCAAGGCAGCCAUUGUCAAGAGCAAUAUAAUUGGAGGAGAACGUUCUGGUGCAAGAGCUGUGCUCUUGAACAAAGGCACAAGCCGAAUCAGCAUUGGUGGUUCCAAUGAAGAGGAGGAUGCUUCAGGGAUGAGGAAACGGAAGUGUUAUGAUCCAGACCCAAAGCCUGGUUGCUUCUUGCAGAUUCCUGUCUCGGAUGCCAUGAAACGCAAGAUUGAGGAGUCUCUUGCCGAACUCCCCCCUGGGACGGACUUAGACAAGUUCCCUCUCACCAUCCCUGUCCCAUAUGGCCAGGGUAAGAUAGUAAACUUGAAGAUCCCUGCAAGGGAAGCUCAGCGACUCCUUGUUCACCCCACAGCUCAACAGCAGGGACUGGGAAAUCCUGCAAACAAAGAUAUCCUUCAGCAGGCCAUGGAAAUUGAGGAGAUCCCUGGUGCAAAUGCUUCUCCAUCCAAAGCACAAGUUCCUGUGAUACGCACUGCCAAACGCCCUGAUGGAAGAUCGCCAACAGCGAGCGUGACAGACAUCCAGCGAUCCAUCAGUGAAGGAAUGGUGCAGUCCAUGAACGAGGCAAUCCAACGUUCGCAGCAACUGCUGUCAAACCGCCCACAGGAGUCUUUGGUGACCAAGGCCAUCAAUGGACCUACACUGUCUGAAUCUCAGUCAAGUGAUGGUCUUGUGGCAUCGGGGCACAAUCAGCCUUUGAUCUCGACACCACGGAUCGUUCAGGUUCAUUCGAGAAGCAUUCCUGCAUCUGGAGCUCCUUGCAUUGUUCGGGUUCAAUCUGAAGUUUCCAAGUCCUCUCAUGUGGUUCAGAUGCCCGAGUCUUCACGAUUGGCUGCAUCCGAACAUCAGCACGUGAUCCAGGGUCAUGAUCAAACACGGCAGGCGACCCUCGUGUCGGCAGUUGGGACUCAAACCGUUGCUCGUUCUCUCUUGCAAACAUCGUCUUUGCCCUCGAGGCCCGAAUGUGUGACUUCUGUGGCUCCUGCUGGAGUAGUUACUUCCUCUGCUGCACUCUACACAGUAUCCACUCUUGCUCAGACUUCUGUCCAGGCCACAUCAUCAUCGACGUCUCAGCUGCACGGUCAGCUUUCCUCCCCGAUGCAGACGGUGCUGGUGACGUCGCCUGCCGGAGUUCAGAUGCAGAUUCGCUCUACCCCUGCACCCUUGCUUCAGAACGUACAAGUCUCGACGCCGACAGGUCCGACGAUCCAGACGGUGAAGAUGUCGACUCCGCCGAGAUCGACCUCUCGUAUCGUCCGGGUGUCGUCCUCGCCGGGACAUCAGCUGCAGAACGUUCAGAUGUCGUCCUUUGCAUCGCCGCUUGGAGCUCGACUGGGAUCUCCGAUCCAGACCGUGCAGAUGACCUCCCCCUCUGGAAGCGGGAUGCAAACGCUGCAAGUCGCUACAUCCCAGGGAUCCUCUCAGCCUCGCGCUCAAGCCCCUCAAAUCCAGGUUGUGCAAAUUCCAAACCUUCAGGCGGUUUUCUCUUCGCCGACCCAAUCCCAGUUGCACGUCCCUGCCUCCCCUGCACGAUCCCCCCAUGUGACGGUCUCUCCUUCGAUCGGCGACGGAACGCGAGAGCUGCAGUCGAUCGUGAUUCAAUCUCAGCAGCCGCAGCUGCAGAGCGUCGUAUCUCUCGGUGGCGGCACGGCGGUCCAGUUCCACCCUUUAUUUCAAACGGUGGGUCACCCGACUGUAGUGUAUCAGGGCGUGCCGGUGUAUCAGACGGCCGUGACCAUCGCGCCCAAUAUCGUUUCUGCCCUUCCUGCGUCGAAUCGGAUCGCCUCGAUCCAAUCCGUAUCGAACCAGGUCCCCGUCCAGUUCGCUGCAAAUCGCAUGUCUAUUCAACCUGCAGUUUCAAGCCAGGUUUCUGUGCAGCCCGGGCAGGGAUCUACGGUGCAGUCUCCACCAAAUUUGGUCCCAAGCCAAGUCUCUUCGAGUGAUGGAGCCUCGAUGCAUUUAUUGUCGAGCCCGAUGCCCCUGCAGUCCUCGGUCACCCAAGUGUCGGCACAAUCGUCGACGGACGAGCAACAGCACCCGACAUCAACGAGUGACUCCACGAUCCACGCCGCGCAGUCUUCAUCGGCACCCUCUACAUCUACCGUCUCGUCGACCUCAGUGGGAUCCAGCGACGGCGCCCGAGAAGACCUGGAGCACGUGAAGUUCGUGCUCGUGGACGACGGGGGCACGUACCGUCUGGGGAAGAUAGAUCCCGCGACGGGGCGGCCCGUCGUGUUGCAGCCGGAGGAGGUGCAGCGCUUCGGGAUCGGGGGGAAGGGGGUCAGGCUCGUCACCGUCGGGGAUGAAGUGAGGGUCAAGCUCCAGAAGAAUAAUAAUUGAUCAGUCGGAUGGGGAGGUCUCGCCC